GGAGUAGCCGCCACACGGACCCCACCAGCCUCGCCGGCUCCUGCCCGCAGGCCGCGAGCGUAAAGAUCGGGAGGAUCAGAGAGCGGCUUGGGCGCGUCAGGCCGGGAGAGCGCGAGAUAAAUUUACAUGUGUGGGAGACCAGACCAAUAACACUCCUGAAUUAAGAUCGUGGGUUCUGAGGGUUGAGCACUGAGACCUGAAGAUGAGUGAGCUUGACCAGCUGCGGCAGGAGGCCGAGCAACUGAAGAACCAAAUAAGAGAUGCUCGCAAAGCAUGUGCAGAUGCAACUCUCUCACAGAUUACUAACAACAUCGACCCAGUGGGAAGAAUCCAGAUGCGCACCAGGAGAACUCUGAGGGGGCACCUGGCCAAGAUCUAUGCCAUGCACUGGGGCACAGAUUCCAGGCUCCUUGUCAGCGCCUCGCAGGAUGGAAAACUCAUCAUCUGGAACAGCUAUACUACAAACAAGGUCCAUGCCAUCCCUCUGCGCUCAUCCUGGGUCAUGACUUGUGCAUAUGCUCCUUCUGGGAAUUAUGUGGCCUGCGGUGGCCUGGAUAACAUUUGCUCCAUUUACAAUCUGAAAACUCGUGAAGGGAAUGUACGUGUGAGUCCUGAGCUGGCGGGACACACAGGUUACUUGUCCUGCUGCCGGUUCCUGGAUGACAAUCAGAUCGUCACCAGCUCUGGAGAUACCACAUGUGCCCUGUGGGACAUAGAGACCGGCCAGCAAAUGACCACAUUUACUGGACACACUGGAGAUGUCAUGAGCCUGUCUCUUGCUCCUGACACCAGACUGUUUGUCUCUGGUGCUUGUGACGCUUCAGCCAAGCUCUGGGAUGUCCGAGAAGGGAUGUGCCGGCAGACUUUCACAGGCCAUGAGUCUGACAUCAAUGCCGUCUGUUUCUUUCCCAAUGGCAAUGCCUUUGCCACUGGCUCAGAUGACGCUACAUGCAGGCUGUUUGACCUCCGUGCAGAUCAGGAGCUCAUGACUUAUUCCCAUGACAAUAUCAUAUGUGGGAUCACCUCUGUCUCCUUCUCUAAAAGUGGGCGUCUCCUCCUUGCUGGGUACAACAACUUCAACUGCAACGUCUGGGACGCACUCAAAGCUGACAGGGCAGGUGUCUUGGCUGGACAUGACAACCGUGUCAGCUGCUUGGGGGUGACUGAUGAUGGCAUGGCUGUGGCAACAGGGUCCUGGGACAGCUUCCUCAAGAUCUGGAACUAAGGCCAGUAGCGCAAGUGGAUGCCACGGUGACUGGAAGACCAUUCCAACCUUGAAGCGUUACAGUAAUAGCAUAUCCUAUCCAACCAUACUAACGUGGACACCCACACCUCCCCUCAGAACUUCAAAAGGGCAAGAUCUUUUUUCCUUCACUUACUGCUGAAAUCAAGAGCACAAUUCCCAUUAAGAGAAGGAUCUCUGUGCUGUAAACUAAAACAAAUUGUGCAUUCCUUCCGGGGCCAUUGUCUUUGUUUUCUUUUUUGUCUUGGAUGAAAUUUAAAAGGAAAUACUACAAUAAAAAUGUUAACCAGAAGGUAAA